ACGAGUAAGUAACUAACCAACCAUCCCACCCGCCGGUAGGUCACCAUCCUGGACCCCGAUCCCGAUCUCCCCGGCGACUCCGACCGACGCGAUGGCCGGCCCCUCCGUCGCCGCCGCGGCCAUGGUAGCGGUGGUCGUCCUCCUCGUCGCAGAAGCCUCUGGAGCGCGCCUCCCAGGCCGCGGCGGCGCCGUCCGGGCGCCGCUGCCGCGUGGGGGCGCACCGGCCACGGCGGUGUUCGCUCUGGGCAGCUUCUGGCGGUCGGAGGCCGCGUUUGGGUGCCUCCCCGGCGUGAUCCGUACCUCCGUCGGCUAUGCCGGCGGCUCCAAGGCCAACCCGGAGUACCGCAACCUCGCCGAUCACGCCGAGUGCGUCAAGGUUGAGUAUGAUCCCCGUUUGAUUCAAUACAAGCAGCUUUUGGAUGUGUUCUGGGCAAGUCAUGAUCCGCGGGAGGUGUUUGGGCAAGGGCCAGAUGUUGGCAACCAGUAUAGGUCUAUCAUCUUCACUAAUGGGACCAUUGAGGCCAGAUUGGCUGCUCUUAGCAAAGAAAGAGAGCAAGCUAAGGAUCGCAGCAAUGUUAUUACCACACAGAUCCAGCCAUUAGGGGCAUUUUAUCCUGCUGAACCAGAACAUCAGAAAUUUGAGCUGAAGCACAAGCCAUUCCUCGUACAAUUGAUUGGGAACCUGCCAGAGGGGGAGCUCCUGACAUCUACACUAGCUGCAAAGUUGAAUGCAUAUGCUGCUGAGCUCUGUCCUGCAACUACCCAAAAGAGAAUUAGCUCCAAGAUUGAUGAGAUCGCUAAGAAAGGAUGGCCCAUUUUAAGGGAAAUUUAGCUCAUACUGGCUCCUGGACUCAAAUCUGUUGUUGCAACGUAGGCGCAGGAGAGGUGCAUGAUUUUGCAGGAAAUGAUUUCUAGGAAUAUUUCAGCAGUUCACCGUUACCAUGAUGAACGCAUCCAAUCGGUCAUCCAUUCUUCACUUUGCUCACAAAGAUUAAACAGUUGUUCAUAUACAGCAUCUUCAUUUUGAGAUUUCACUGUAGAAACUGUAUGUGUAUCAUUUGUAACCUGGAUUCAUGGUCCUAGCUUACUGAAAAGACAGGUGAAGUUGUAAGUUGUGAUUUUGGUUGUUUCAUCUCUGAAUAUAUAUAUAUAUAAACAUUUCUAUUCUGCA